AUGGAUUCAAACAAGAAACCCCUCCUCUUCUUAGAUCUGAUACUAUGUGACUCUCCAACAGAACCCAUAAAAACCCUGAUUGACUCUGGAGCCACCUCAAACUUCAUAUCUCUGACUCUAGUAGAAAAAUUAAAAAUCCCAAAAACCCUACUUGAAAAUCCACAAGUAGUGAGAAUGCUAGACAGUACCAUAUUACAGACUGGUUGCAUUUGGCACCAGGUCCAUCUCACAGUCUUGGCCAAUGGCCACAUCCAUUCUGUCCCAUUUUUAGUUUGCCCCAUUGGAAAUACCUUGACUAUCCUAGGCAUGACUUGGUUAACAGCAGAAGCACCUCUCAUCAACUGGCAACAAGGACUAGUCACAUUCCCUGAACAGGUUCAAAUUGCCUCCAAGGAAGAAGCAGACCCAAAUCCCUUGGCAGACCUACCCCCACAGUAUCACAAAUUUGCUAAAGUAUUUGGCAAAGAAGAAUUCAAGGUCCUGCCACCGCACUGGGAAUACAACAUUGCCAUUAACCUACUACCUGAUGCCAAACUUUCCCCUGGCCCUAUCUAUGGCAUGACUGAUGCAGAAUCAAGGGCUCUAAAGCAACACAUAGAUGAAGAACUAGCAACAGGCAAGAUCCAUCCCAGUACAUCUUCAGCUGGAGCUCUGGUUAUGUUUGUAAAAAAGGCAGACAGUUCUUUGCAGCUAGUGGUUGACUACAGGAAGCUAAAUGAUGUCACCCACAAGAAUGUUUACCCAUUACCAAGACAGGAUGACCUCAUGGCUAAAUUGAGGCAUGCCAAGAUUUUCACCAAGUUGGAUCUACAAUGGGGGUACAACAAUGUGUGGAUUAGAGAAGAAGAUAAAUGGAAGAUGGCUUUUAGGACUAAAUACAGGCUAUUUGAAUACCUUGUGAUGCCUUUGGUCUCACUAAUGCCCCAGCUGCAUUCCAACAUUUCAUGA